AUGAAGAUCCUCGAGUCUCAGAAUGCUGUCCUGACCAACUUUGAGGUCUAUCAACAUCUGCUCAAUGAACAGUACAAGUUCAAAGACCAUGAACGCAGGAAAAAGGUUCCACGCAACGUGCAGACCAUCGUCAAGGAGGUCCUAGAAUACCUCAAGACAUCGCCCAACCCCUUCAGCCAGCAGCCCAUCACCUACAAUGGCUUCACCAUCAAUCGUCUGGUUGACAGGCUGCACAACUAUGAUCUCACUAAGGGUGAGAUGAUCAUGAUCCUCAAUGUGCGCCCUGAAAACCUGGCCAUCCUGAGUUCUUGCAUCGAGGACUUCAUGACUCGGUUUACAGAGGACCAGCAGCAGGAGAUCCAGACCAUCAUCGAGGAGGUGCUUGGACCUUUUCCUGUUAGGGAGCAUGCAGAAGAGGGAGAAGAGGCUGCCUGA